AUGGCUGCCGUACACCCCUCCGCCCACGACGUGGGCAUUCCCACCACGGCUCCUCCAUCCGGCGUCCUGAACUCGGUCCCAUACGAUACCUCUCUUUCGCAACAGCAAACCCCGCCGCAUCAUCACCUCCACCAGACUCCCACCCAGGGUCACGCGCCCACUCUCCAACAGCAGCAGCAGUCACAGCAACAGCGCAGCGUCAAGCGGCCUCGGCCCGUCAAGUCCUGCACCGAAUGCCGCAAGCGCAAGCUACGAUGCGAUCGCCUCUGUCCGUGCUCGCAAUGCCAAAAGUCGAACCGAUCCUGCAAGUACGCCAUGGACCAUGACUCGGCCAACCUCUCGGAUGGUUCCGACAGCGAAUUGAUGGAGCCCUCCCGUCCCACCAAGCGCAACUGCCUCCCGGGUAUGUUCACCUCGAGCACGCCGCUUCCCAACAACGAAUCUACAUAUGGGUCGGUGCGAAAUGGAGAAACUGCAGCUCCAUCUUCUCUGGAGGAACUGGCCAUGCGCAUGGAACGGCUUGAGAAACACCUAAUGGCCCGCAGUCCUGCUGCCUCUGAAGCCAGCACUGGCAGACUUCUUGCGGCGUCAUCUGAUACCAUCAGAGGCCUAACGGUCAAGUCAUGUGCCUUGAGGACCAGAUUCCAUGGCCAAAACAGCUCCCGUGUUCUGCUGAACUUGUUUGACGAAGCCAAAGACUUUGUUGCGAACCCCCAAAACCAUGGUGGCGUCCGAGACGUCAUGACGAACUUUAGGAAAUUCCACAAGGCGCUUCUCGACGACUACCGCAAGUCGCUCUCCCCCAUAACUGUCUUUGUAGACUCCAUGAUGCCGGUUCAGAAGCGCAUGACGGAUAUUCUACCAAAAAAGGCCGUCUGCGACCGUCUCGUCAAGUCCUACGUCGAUACAUCCGAAACCAUCUACCGAAUCCUACACUUGCCCAUGUUUACCGAGCAGUAUGAGCGCUACUGGGAAGGCACACUGCAAUCCGACUGUUUCUUGCCACAGCUCCUAGCAGUUCUAUCUGUCGCAUCCCGCUUCGAAACUAAGUCCAAAGGCCUCGGCAACGAGCGAGCCGAGGGUGUGCACAUCCCGACCGCCUGCGCUCUCGUGCGAACGUGGUUGGACAGCCUGCGGGGCAAGCAAUUGGUCGAGUUUGGAACGCUGCAAGUCGAGGUGCUACUCUUGCAUGCCCAGAGGAUGAUCACACCCCGUAUGCAAGAUUCCUGGACCUCAUUGGGCUCCACCGUUCGCAUGGCCAUGACCAUGGGGCUCCACCGCGAUCCAUCCGAAUUCGAGCCUCGAAUCCCCAUCUUCCAAGGCGAAAUGAGACGGCGACUAUGGUUUACAAUUCUAGACAUGGACCUUCACAUUUCUCUUUCCUGCAAUCUGCCGUGCCUGGUGAGAGAUGGCGAUUUUACGUGCCGUCCCCCUCGGAACCUGGAUGACGUCGACCUCUACGCCGAGAUGAAGGAACUGCCUCCGUCGAGACCAAUCGAUCAGGUCACCGACAACCAAAUGCAAGUUUAUGCAGCCAUGACACUCGGCGUCCGGAUGAAGGUGGCCCAUCUCCUAAACCGCAUCGAUACUAUCCGCGACUACCAGGAAGUUCUCGACGUAGGUGCCAAGCUAGGCCGCUACCUCGACGAUAUCAACUACAUCUUCCCUCGACAGGGCAUCUUAAGUGAUGCUCAGAAGAGCAAGCAGUGGCGGACCCGAGUCAUUCUCGACAUGCACGUGCGCAGGCCCCUACUCGCACUCUACCGACCCUUUGCUAUUGGUGCGCCUGAUGCGCCGGCCCAAAUUUCUCGGCAGUAUCUGAGCUCAUCCAUGGUAAUUAUGAAGUAUCUGGACGAGCUUGAUCCCAUGCUCGCGCAUUUCCAGGACAUUGCCGAGAUGUAUCACCAAGUGCUAAAGAGCGACAUCAUCCAGGCGGCCCUGAGUGUGUGUUUCUUCAUUCGGGCCGCAGUACGGCCAGGCUCGGACAGUACGGGGCUUGGCACUCAGGCGUUACGCAUGUCACCGGAUUCCACGGAUGACUAUCCAACAUACAACCCUGACCACCUUAUCCUCUGGUCUCCGCCACGCCUAAUCGGUACGGUCGAGAAGACGCUAGACUUGCUGAUCCGCAACAUCAGCGGGCGCGACACGAAGGACAUCGUCUGCCUGUCGACCGUGCUGCAGUGCGUCAAGAGCCCAGAUCCGAAGCCCGACGAGAUCAUCCAGGCGCUCCGCAUGAACUUGGACCACUGCUUAAUGGCGUCCAACAUGAGUCUGGACAACAUUGCUGCUGCGACACCCGGGACACCCUCCGAUGGCUUCCAGGGAGACACAUACAUGCACCCACACAUGCCGUUUAUGUACCAGCGCAACAACGUAGGAAUUCCGGCAGUGGGCGAAUUCGGCAGUUGGAUUCUAUGGGAAGGAUGGGAUUAA